GGUUCAUGUCUGAGAGAAGCUGAUGGCGGGAAAUGCCUUACAGACGCGCUAAGAUGUCGUCCCAUGACGUCAUACAAGUGCGCCAAGAGUGUUUAGAGUCUCGCAGGAUUAUUAAGGCAGCUACCAUAACAAGUUAGAUGCUUUGCUUUACGACUCGCACAUAAUUAUGGAAGAAGAAUACUAUAGCAGUGUUGGAGACUGGGAGGGACCAGAUGCUAAUGCGGUGAAUAGAGCUGACGAAGACGGCUACGGGGAUGCAGAGGCAGACGAUAAAGUACAGGAGGAGUGCUUGCAGAAGUUCUCCAGUAGAGACUACAUUAUGGAGCCCACAGUGUUUAAUACGCUAAAAACUUAUUUUCAGGCAGGCGGUUCCCCUGAGCAGGUUAUUCAGCUCCUGUCGGAGAAUUAUUCUGCUGUGGCCCAAACAGUGAACCUGCUGGCAGAGUGGCUCAUUCAGAUGGGUGUGGAGCCAGCUCAGGUACAGGAACGAGUAGAGAACCACCUGAAGAGCCUCCUCAUCAAACACUUCGACCCACAAAAAGCGGACUCUAUUUUCACAGUAGAGGGAGAGACACCCGCAUGGUUAGAACAGAUGAUUGCUCACACUACGUGGAGAGAUCUCUUUUACAAACUUGCUGAAGCUCAUCCAGAUUGCCUGAUGCUCAACUUCACAGUCAAACUGAUAUCAGAUGCAGGAUACCAAGGGGAGAUCACAAGUGUGUCUACGGCCUGCCAGCAGCUAGAAGUUUUCUCCCGAGUGUUGCGUACCUCGCUCUCCACAUUGCUUGAUGGGGGAGAACAAAACUUGGAAAAAAACCUACCAGAGUUUGCUAAGAUGGUGUGUCAUGGUGAGCACACAUACCUUUUUGCUCAAGCGAUGAUGUCCAUCUUGGCACAAGAGGAGCAGGGUGGAUCAGUUGUGCGUCGCAUUGGUCAGGAAGUGCAGAAGUUCGCUCUUCAGAGUGGUCAUGAUGCAAGUCAGAUCACAUUGGCACUAGGGACAGCGGCAGCAUACCCACGUGCCUGCCAGGCUCUUGGUGCUAUGCUCUCCAAAGGGGCACUUAAUCCUGCAGAUAUCACAGUUCUUUUUAAGAUGUUCAGCAGUAUGGACCCUCCACCUGUCGAACUGAUCCGUGUUCCAGCCUUCCUGGAUCUUUUUAUGCAGUCUUUGUUUAAACCUGGAGCAAAGAUAAACCAGGACCACAAACACAAAUAUAUCCACAUUCUGGCGUAUGCAGCCAGUGUGGUAGAGACAUGGAAGAAGAGCAAGCGUGUAAAUAUCAAUAAGGAUGAGCUGAAGUCUACAUCCAAAGCUAUUGAGACUGUUCAUAAUUUGUGCUGCAAUGAGAAUAAAGGAGCUACAGAACUCGUGGCAGAACUCGGCACUCUGUACCAAUGCAUCCGGUUUCCAGUAGUAGCAAUGGGGGUGUUAAAGUGGGUUGACUGGACUGUAUCAGAACCUCGCUACUUUCAGCUGCAGACAGAUCACACUCCUAUCCAUUUGGCCUUACUGGAUGAGAUUAGUACAUGCCACCAACUCCUACACCCACAAGUGCUGCAGCUGCUUGUCAAACUCUUUGAAACAGAACAUUCACAACUUGACGUCAUGGAGCAGCUGGAGCUGAAGAAGACUUUGCUUGACCGCAUGGUUCACCUUUUAAGUCGAGGAUAUGUCCUGCCUGUUGUCAGCUAUAUGCGUAAAUGCUUGGAGAAACUUAAUACGGACAUCUCGCUCAUCAGAUAUUUUGUAACAGAGGUACUGGACGUGAUCACUCCACCAUAUACCUCCGACUUUGUUCAGCUGUUUUUACCAAUCCUGGAGAACGACAGUAUAGCUGGAACUAUCCGCACUGAAGGGGAGCAUGAUCCUGUGACUGAAUUCAUUGCACACUGCAAAUCCAAUUUCAUCAUGAUAAACUGAGCCCCGACAACAACUUUUAACUGGUGGAAACUUUGGAGCUGUUUUAAGCCAUGAAGACCAGGAUCGUAACAUCUAAUCCAGAGGCCAAUGAAAGCUCCCCUGCAUCGACAUAAACAGUUUAGAAAAAAAGAGCCACAUGCGUUCAAGUUUAGCACAGCGAUUCCAUCAUUAUGGUUACCCCUUACUUUUCAGAUGCUAAUAUAGAUAGAGAUGAUGUCAAAUGAGGCGGUUUAAAUGUAAUUUUUGUAACACAAUGUAGGCUAUUUUUAAAAGGUAGCAUUUUGUUCUUGAAACAUGUUUGUGGCAAAAAGCAAUUGUUUAAAGUCUUUUUUUCCAUUAAAAAGGAAAUUGUUAAACUUUUGCUGUGCAGAAGCAAAGGGAUUAUUAGGCAAAUACGCAAAACCCGAACUCAAUAAUUCAAAGCUUUUUUUAAGAGGGGGAAAAAAAAUGAAAACAUAAUAAUGUUAAAACAUACUUUUCCCUUUAAAUCUGACUUUGUACAACAUGUUUAGUGGAUUUUUAUUUAAAUUACUUUUCAAUACAAUGUGGAAUGUUCUACAGUGGAAAAUAAAACAGGAUAAAAUUGAACCUUUACACUUUUCUGCUUAUUAGACUACUGUAACAUAUUUUCUAUAAUCAUCAUAUCUAAUAAAUUUCAAGUCAUGUUCUGCAA